GACCGGCGUUUUAAAUCGGCAUAUUUUACACUGACCGGCGGUCACAGGUCACGGCCGAUGACGUAAAAUCUGGCCCGAUUCCGAGCACUGCCGAUUCAUCAUUGCAAGUCUACUCGCUGACAAAGGAAAAACAUGCAAACUUCACAGAGAAGGGCACAGCUGGUUGAUUCAAACCCUAAAACCCUUUAGCUGUGAAGUGACAGUGCUAACCACUGCACCACCAUGCCUGUGGAGUUUUUGUGUAUUUUGGGGCAUUUCCAAGCACUGUACUUUAACAAACUCCUUCUAGAGAAUUAAUUACAUCCACUUUAAAUUUGGUCAGUGCAAUCUUAAGACCCAAUGAUGAAAAACUGUUCAAAUCUUGAGUUUUUGUGGAAUGAUGUUGCCAUUGCAUGGCAGCCAUUUUUCAUGUUUCACUAUAAAACAGUUCUUGUAUGUAUCGUGAGUGUACAUUGUCCAAUCCUUCUCAAAUUUCUUAUUCUUGAUAGGAGUUCCAGCCACAAGAUGGUUAUAGCCAUAGCACCACCUACUGACAACAAAAAUUGACUUGUUUUAUACUUAAACUCCCUUGAGGAUUAAUCAGACCUAUGUCAAAUUUGGUCAGAACAAUCUUAAGACCUUAAUUUUGAAAAGCUGGAACAACAUUGCUUUGGCAUUGAAGCUAUUUUGUGCAUUUCAACCUGAAACAGAUAGUUGCACUGUCCAAUCUGUCCAAAAUUUCUUAUGCUUGAUAAGACUCUACAUGUCUUUCUAAAGUCAAAUUUAUAUGUGUGGUGUGUGCUUGAUAUAUAGCAACAUAAUGCGUGUUUAGUGUGUGUUUUCUAGUGCCACAUAGUGUACACAGGAAGUCAAAGCAAAACUUGCAAUAUGUAGAUUCUAGUGCCAGUAUUCCCCAGAGAUCAAGAUUAUGAUUUCAACAGUGCAAAUUUAAGACAAGUUGUACUGGGUUUUACUACCAGGCUGAUUCAAACAGGGCAGUGAAAUGGAAUAAGUGAGUAAUUUUAUUCUUCUCAGGAAAGCAAAAAAGGACAAUAACUCUUGAACAUCCAUAUAAGAGAAAUCCUGCUUUCAAGAUGAAUUGAAAAACUAAAUUUGUCUAAUUUCUCACCCUAAACAGACCCAUCUCUCCCAGACUCCCCUGAGCCAACAACUCCUACAGGCUAUGUCAAAAUAUUUAAUGACUCUAUCAAGGUUGUAACUCAACAAAUGAGCUGGAAUGCAGCCAAAAAGCACUGUGAAGAUGAUGGUGCCAAACUGGCUAGCCUGCGAAACACGUGGACACAGUUGUAUGCUGAGCUGAUAGCUUUGAAACUCGAAGCUCCUCUGUGGAUUGGACUGAACAAAAAGGAGACUGGCGGAUAUUUCAGAUAUAUUGAUGGCUGGCGUAUGACCUCAACCUACUGGGGUGGAUGGGAACCACGCAGUAACCGAGACUGUGUGUUUGCGAACACACAAGGACAGUGGGAAACUGCUGACUGCAAUCGGAACAUCAGCAGCAUUUGCAUGACGUCUACAGAUGUGCCACCAACAGAGCCAAGUGAUUUCCCAGGAUUUUGCCCUGAAGACCCAGAACAACCCAGAUACUUACGGCGUUCUAACAGCUGGCUACCAUUUAAGGCUCAUUGUUACCUCAUUUUUACAGACAGGAUUGAGUGGCAAGAAGCAACCACUAACUGUGCAAGACAUGGUGGAACUCUUGCAAGCAUUGAAGAUCCUUCUGAGCAAGCAUUCAUUCUAAGCAGUAUACAAAUGUUUCGAGACAGCCAAUCAUCAUUCUGGAUCGGCUUAUAUAAAACUCACAGAGGCACUUGGCAGUGGUUGGAUAAAACCCCCCUGGACUACACUAACUGGGGUGAAAGUGCAAAUGGGAGAAGCACUUUUGGAUCCAUAAGAGCUACAGAUGGGAUGUGGACAACUGGCCAAAAGUGGUAUGACAGAGGAUAUAUUUGCAAAGCACCCAAAGAACUAUUAAAAGGGGCACAGACAACGGUAACUCCUACGAUGGAACCUCAAACCCGUGGCCACAUCACUUUGGUAGUUUUGCUGGUCAUUAUUGCAAUCGUCAUAGGGACAGUCAUCGCCUUAUUUCUCUUCAAGAAAUCUGGUCGCCGCUUACCUAUCCCUGAAAAGUUCUCAACCUUUGACAACCCACUCUUUUUCAACAAUGAGCGGUUCCAGCCUGGUCUGGUCGACACCAAGAAACUGGUAGCAAAUGCAGAAGAGGAGAACCCUGCACCUGUUCUAACUGUGUAAUGUAAAUACCAGCAGAAUCUACUGGGGCAUACAAUGUACAAUGUAAUUUUGAUGGCACUCUGACAAGAAUUUCAUUUUGUUUUGAAAUGAGAGAUGUUUCAGUGUAGCUGGCAAUAACUGGUUUUAAUGAACAAAAUAAUUUAAGAUGUAGGAUGUCUUAUUUGAUAUAUAAAUCUCCAUUUGUAAUCAUUUGAAAUAAUGUUUAAUUGUAUAUUUUAUGACACCAGAAUUUACUGACUGAUUAAAGUCAUUGAUUCAUAACAUAUUUUACUUUAAGGUACUAUGCUUGCUAGGAUUGUGAAAUGUGUACUAGACUUUGAACUUGGCAAAAUGAAUAACAUUCCUGUUGGACUAUAAGAAAGACAGUUAAGACAGACAGUAUACCAUUGCUGCAUUUCAUCAUCCUUGAAGAUAUUACAGAUGACAUUUUAUCUGUCUAGAAAUCCAGUUGAGUCCUAAGACAUGUAUUGCAAAUGAGAAUUCAAACUAUUGUAUUAAAAAACAUUGAAAAUAACAA